AUGGUACCUUUCAUGAAGAUGUUCCUCCGAAUGCUGGCACGUAAUCCGCAGAAUCACGUAGAUCCAGGAUCACAAGGACAAGCCGGUAGCAUGGCCGCCCAAGGCUCAGCAGAUGCCGCUGGUAGCUCGACCAGUACGCCGAUAACAAGCUCAUCCGCGUACCUAGGAAUAGGCGUUGGCGUGGGAGGAGCAAUCUUGAUUGCUAUAAUGGCUGUCGGGGUCCAGAUUCUGCGCAAACGGGCACAACAUCGACGAGCCGUCACGGAGCUUGAAGAUCAAAGUGAGCACAUCACAGUGGCAGGCGCGAUGCAGGAAAUUGGCGAAGUACCGCGGCCUGUCAGUGUGACUCGCUGUGGUCCGCUACAUCCACUACAUGCGCAAGCUGGUUGGGGCGCUUUGUCUUCUAACGAGACGGUGCACGAGUCCGAGCCGAUUACUCGGAGAGGUGGUAAAAAGCGCAAUUCGAUCUCGUUGCCGAGACGAAUACGUGAGAAGACGAUCCCGCUGAAGCGACUGAAGCAUCUCUCUGCGAUCAUUGAAAGUCCUCGGAGCAGAACAGUAACAUCACCUGCACAUACGAAAACCCUGAACAAGACGACGACACCUGCGAAGUCGGCACGCACAUCAACAUCGACAAGGAAGAAGACGAUUCUUAUGAUCGCAGCGGAAGAUGAUGACGAAGAUGUCUUUGUCAUGCCUGGAAGCCCGAAGCCGCAUGUUCUGCCCUCUUUCGCCAUUCGAUCGCCAGGGAUGUAUGGUGCCGCUAUAGCAAACGACGAUGAUCGACCAAGACCUUCACGAUCCAUCUCGGUCGGGGCUCUCCAGAUACCCCUAUAUGUCGCGGCUGAUUCACUGACCCUCGACCGUUCCAGUAGACCACAGAUGCAUACUCGGUCAAUCAGUCUAGGUGGACCGCAGAGCCGUCCACCCUCGGGACCUGUACCGCCAUUGCCAGCAUCUGUACCACCCAAUUUGCCGAGGAAGAGUAGUGACGACACGAACAGAUGUGGUGUCUGUGUGUCUCGCAUGUCGUCAAGCAGCCAGGAAUCUGCCAGUAGCUCAGUAUUGGUUAUUAGUCCGAUCUUGAAGGUCCAUGAGAACGACAGAGCCAUCAGCUCACCCACUGUCGAACAAGUGAUAGCAGACGACGACAGUGCUCAGCUCAAGACUGUCACGAACAGACAAUGGCAGAACCCACUCAUCACUGGACCACGACCAAUGGAGAUACCACGAGUCUACGAAGACACUACCGCAGGCGCACGCGAGCGUAGCCAUCACCACAACGCGUCAAUACAUAGCAAUAUAGCCCGCUACAGCACCCUCUCCUAUCGCCAAUCUUCACCUAGCACAAUCUCCAGUCUCGAUAACGACGACGCAUUGAUCACGAAUCGCCUCUCGAUCCCUCGGAUCGCCACUGCAGAUCGCGUAAGUAUAUCACGAGUUUCUUCCUACAAUAGCCUCAGCCCAUCCGCGUCUUGCUCGGCGCCAGCAACAUCAAGUCACGUGGCCGCACAUGGUGCUGUUCAGAAGAUCACCACUCCACGCAAACCCGUCCGCACAAGCGGCAGUAGUGUUUCAGCCAACGGCUCGCCCGCCGAGAAACGCAAACCUCCUGUCCUCCGCGAUAUAAGCGGUAAUGCUAAUACUGGACUCACACCGUCGAGACGGACGAGCAAUAGUACUUCCCACAGCGCCCGAAGCAGUAAUGGCAACCCGUUCCAAUGGGACCAGAGUCUGCCUUUGCUCAAGCCUUCCGCUUUGAAAGGCAGCCCAAACAGUAAAGGUAGCCGAGGUCAUAAGAGGCAGAACUGUGUGAGGAUUUCUACUUUGACGCCCACGAUUCUAGGACCUCCAGUAUUGAGUCGAUCGACAAGCCCAAGUUUCAUGCAGGGUAUUGAUGAGGAAGAGGAGGACGGUGAGCAUGUGGCACCUGAUGGGGAGGGACAAGGGACUAGGACGAGGUCGAGGGCGCUGCCGAGACUGAGCAGUGGAAAUAGUCUGCUUGCUCCACGAUUGCAGGCCACGACAUCCACUAUGUUGUAUCAGACGUCGCUCACGCCUUCCUCCCCGACACUUAGUAUGUGGACUGCCUACCAAGAGCAGCAGCAGUCUACUGGUAUGGCUGAGAUCGAUCUUGUAGAGAUGCAGCCCUCAGAUUCGCACUUUCCUGCCUCACCACUAUCUGCAAAGGACCGAUCGGCUUCAAGACUGUCUGUACAGUCUUCUGUCAGUGGGCUGAGUAUACCCAUCUUCCCGCCACCAAGCCGUGCUACAGUCGGUGGUCUACACUUGCAGGAGACAGUACCCGUGUUCUGUCUUUCACGGCCAUCCACUGAUGACGAAGAACAAGAGGAAAGUGAUGUGGCACAGAGCUCGAGUCCGCCAAGACUCUUGCAUGCGUCUUUCGAUGAACCGCAUGGUCAAGAAUCACCAGUCAUACCAGAGAAGUCGGAGUACUUCCCUUCCAGCCCUCCACUACCUGUCAGUAAGGACGAGGAGUACGAUCCAGCCUGGCGAGGCCUUCUCCUCAUACCCAAGCCUGCACCUGAAGCAGAUAUGCUCGGCAAUGGUAAAGGAGUAGAGUACGAUCCGACGAGCCCUCUCUGGCCACCAACAGUAAUGGACUCAGAUCCCACCGCUGAACAUAGCUCACCAGCAUUCCCCUUCACGACCACUGCUAGCAACAACACAAUGGGAGGAGCAGAAGAAGAUGAACACGUUUCACCACACAGCAGGCCUACCACUUACGGUGGAGAUCUACCAGAUACACCACCUUGCUCACCUAAGUCCAGGCCAGUUGAUACUACGACCCACGUCUCCGACAGUACGCUACUGGCACAGCUUUCGCCACCUCGAGUCCGACCAGCACGGCUAACAGCAGCAGAGAAAUUGACAAGCGCGAACGCUUCGGUGAUCAUGGCUACGAUACCCGAGAGCCCUCCCAUUAUCGGCUUCCCGACCGCUGUGCCCAUCCUCGCUCCACCAAGUGAGGACACAGCACAAGCCACCAUCCCACUGCCGCGUCGAGGCCGCGCAGCGUCUCAUACUUCAUGUUUACGCCCUCUACGUCCCGCUCCACCGCCACCUCCAAUCCUCGGUCUCGAUACAACCACACCCCAGCCUCUUCACAUCCGCAACCCAUCCAAUUUGAGUCCACAGGGUCCAAGAAGUGAACCAGCCAAGUCUGUUCUCAAGUCUGCUACCGCACUUCGACGUAUGAAUUCCGAAAUCGAUGUUGAGACUCGUGGCGCGAUGAACAGAGCCAGUAGACAGUACGUCCGCAUGGGAAGGGAGGCUAGUCCUUUACUACCAUGGAUCGGCGCCACGAAAGUUGGAGCUGAGCCAGGCUUUGGUGGAGGUGUGGUAGGAGACGAGCGUAUGGCUGACCUGUUCGACUUUGAUUUCGGAUCCAGCAUGUCUGCUGGAGCGGAGAGGGAGCUGAAUGGUAAGAGUGCAUUAGAUGACGUCGAUUUCGAGGCGCUUGGAUCAAGGCUAGAUGGCGCAUUAUCUGGCUUCGAUACCGUUGGCCUCGUUGCCUCGUCUUCAUCGCCUCCGAUGGAUUUCAAGGAUGUGGAUUAUGGUUCCGGUGUAGAAAUUACCUACCAGUCGCGAAGCGGAAGAAGCGGAAGUGUGUGGGAAGAUGGCGAAUUAUUCUGGACUAAGCGCCCCAGAUUCUCUUUCACGCCCUCCUCACCACCUCUUGAUGUGAAUGUUACGCCGAUGAAAAAGCUGUACAGUGGUCGUGCUGCGGCGUGGGAGCGAGAAGGCUCGAGGACGCCGACGCAGCAGAUGGAUAUCUUGCUUGGGUUGGAUAGACCGAGUAGUAUUGUCAAGACGCCGAAGAGUCUCUAUGAUUCUGAUGGAUUUUUGAAGACGUAG